CCAAAAGGGUGAAGAGACCUCUAUUAUGAUCAUGGCUCACAUCUUAGAAAAGAAAACGAUCUUAUCUUGUUGGAGCGAGUCACGGUGCAAUCAUCGUUGCUUGACUAGUUAGCACUUGGCAGAACUGUGUGUAGCAAGUUGGCAGUAAAAAAAAAUUAUCCUCAAUCUCGAUCGCCUGUGUUCCUCGAUCACAUGGUGGCGGACAGAAUGAAAUCGUACGAAGAUGCAUUUCUAAAGCAGAGAAUCGGAGCCCUUUUAGAAAAGCCAACAAUUUUCUUGCAAUGGUACGUGUUCCAACAUUUUCUUUUAGGAAAGGUGUCACCUUUCUUGAGUAGUUAAGUGCAUUCUUUUGAAACUUGGAGAACUGCCACUUCAAAUAAACAAGCGUCUUAUAGUAAAAAGAGAGAGAAGAUGAAGAUUAGUACUAUUACUAGGAAAGAAUGACGAUGAGGGUGUAGUAGAACCAUCGACGCUACCAAUAUAUAAGUUUAGAUGACUGAGUAAGCCCGAUUGGAGCUUAAUUGCUUGCGUCCAUAUCAUCCACCAAGUUAGCUUGCAAGAGAGCGCAAAACAUACACCAGCAUGACCACGCCCUCGCAAUCCCCGUCCCAGCCGCUGCCAAUAAUCCUACUCCUCUUCCUCCUCCUUCCAGCAGCGACUCAUUUGAUCCUGGAGGCUGCUGCUGCUGAGCAAGAUGAGCAGCAGCCAAUCACACUUCCAGGUUGCCCCAAUAGGUGUGGCAACAUAAGCAUUCCCUACCCAUUCGGCAUGAAGCCCGGCUGCUUCCGUGAGGGCUUCCAGGUCACCUGCAAUGACUCAUUCAAUCCCCAUCGCGCCUACCUUGCCAACAGCGGAGUAAACCAGCAUAUAAACGAGGUGUACUUCAGGGUGGAGACAGAGUGGAGUAAAGUUUGGAAUAGAUCAGUGGAUAAAACGGCCUUCGAGCUCAUCGAUAUAUCCAUUGCAAAGGGUGAGGCGCGCGCAUACACGGCGGUUUCAUCUAUUUGCAGCCAAAAUCAAACCGGUUACCUAUCCAAGAAUCAACAUAUGGAGUUGGGCAAGAAGAUGAGUCCAUUCCUCCUGUCGGUGGUGCGCAAUAUUCUCAUCGGCGUAGGCUGGAAUGUUCAGACUAUUGUCUAUACCUACCCGUGGUCGCCGCCGGUGGAUGGCAACUCACGGGAUAAAUUCAUUCUCUCCUGCCUUUCAGACCUCGGGGCCCGGCAGUUCCUCAAGUAUGCAACCAACGGGUCGUGCAAGGGGCAGGGCUGCUGUGAAGCUGCCCUGCCGGAAGCAUUUCCCAUCACUGAGCUUGCACUGACGUUCAGUUUGGGCCCAACAAACACCUUGUUUGAGACCAAUCCGUGCUCCUAUGCCAUGGUGGUGGAGAGGUCAUGGUACAACUUCUCCACACCGGACAUGUACGGGAACGAGGUGCUGCCCAAGAGAUUCCCAAGCGGUGUCCCCUUUGUUAUCGAUUUUUCCAUCCCGAAUGGUUCAUGUCCCACAAAAGGCCAGCAGCCACCACGGGACUAUGCCUGUGUCAGCGGCAACAGCUCAUGUGUCAAUGCGAUUAGUGGCCAUGGCUAUGUCUACGAUGGCAACCCUUAUAUCGCCAAUGGAUGCCAAGACAUCGAUGAGUGCAAGCUCCGCAAUUUGUAUCCUUGCUCCAGUGACGGGAUCUGCAAAAACACCUUGGGAGGCUAUGACUGUCCAUGUAAGCCUGGAAUGAAAGGCGAAGGCAUAAAAGGAACCUGCACAGAUAAAUUCCCCGCAGCAGCACGGAUGAUUUUGGGUAAGCACAAAUUUAGGCUAUGACUGUUUCUGUUGUUAGAUACUCAUAUCUAGUUAUUAGUACACGAUCUGAGUCUACCCUUUCUUCCUCUGUUUGUAGUUCGUGCAUAAUUAUGUUGUUAUAUCUACUUAAUGUUCAGCAUGCGUCCCCUCAGACAAAUUCCUGAGUAUAACUAGCAGAACAGGGUAGGUAUCGUCUAUCUGGUGGUGGCAGUGGGGUUUCUACUAGUGCGUCGGAAGAAGGUCCAAGAACGAAUGAAACUGUUG